AACACUCUCUGUAAAUAGAAAAAUAGAGAGUAAUAGUACUGCAUUUUGUAAUAGAGAGAGGAGAAAUGGGUCUCACCGGAGUAACAUUGUUGGUCACUCUCAUGGUGGUGGCCGCCGUUACUUUGCCGGCAAAUGCCUGCCUGCCGGCGGACCAAGCAGCACUGAUGGAUAUCAAAGCAGCUCUUAAGGAGCCAUAUUUGGGCAUUUUCAACACAUGGACUGGCAGCAACUGUUGCCAGGGCUGGUAUGGUGUUAGCUGUGACCCGACUACGCAACGGGUUGCCGACAUUGUUCUUCGGGGAGAAUCCGAAGAUCCGAUUUACGAGAAAGCCGGCCGGUCUGGUUACAUGACCGGUUCACUCUCCCCUUCUCUCUGCAAACUCGACAAGCUCACUACACUCAUCGUCGCCGACUGGAAAGAUAUCUCCGGCGAAAUUCCGGCUUGUGUCACUUCAUUACCAGAUCUCCGUAUCCUUGAGCUCAUCGGCAACAAAAUCACCGGUCAAAUCCCGGAAAACAUCGGUCAGCUGAGUAAACUCACUGUUCUAAACCUCGCCGACAAUAAAAUCUGCGGUUCAAUCCCCGCCUCCAUUGUCAACCUCGGAAAACUAAAGCACCUCGAACUCAGCAACAAUCAACUCACCGGCGAAAUCCCGUCCGAUAUCGGAAAACUCAGAAUGAUGAGCCGAGCACUACUCAACAAGAACAAACUGACAGGUUCAAUCCCUAACUCAAUCACUCAACUUCGCCGGUUAGCCGAUCUAGAUCUGUCAAUGAAUCAAAUCACCGGUUCACUCCCGGCUCAGCUCGGUUCAAUGCCGGUUCUCUCAACUCUAAACCUCGAUUCCAACCAAAUCUCCAGUUCAAUCCCCACUAAUCUACUUAGCAACAGCGGAUUAAACAUCUUAAACUUAAGCAGAAACUCAUUAGAAGGAGAAUUACCAGAUGUGUUUUGCUCAAAAACGUACUUCACCCAUCUGGAUUUAUCAUACAAUAAUCUUCGAGGUUCAGUUCCAAAAUCAUUAUCAUCAGCUAAGUACAUUGGCCAUUUGGAUUUAAGCCAUAAUCACCUUUGUGGCCCGAUUCCAAACGGGUCACCCUUCGAUCAUCUAGAAGCUUCUUCUUUCUCUAACAACGAUUGUUUGUGUGGAUCGCCAUUACGUACUUGUUAAUUCUUUUUUGUUUACUUACUAAGUUUGUAAUUAAUCGAAAUUAUCGGUUGAUUACGCAUAAAUGGAUGUGUAAUUGUGUAUUAUGUUGUU